AUGCUAUGCCCCAUUUAUUCUGGCGAGUGCCAAACAAACCUGAAUAAGUGGGGCAUGGCACGGUUUCUCGUCUCGCCAAUACGCCUCUCCAAAACCCCUCUUCCAGAAAUCCAUAUUCCCGGACAAUUCUUCAGAUAUUUGAGACUUACAAGCGCCAUUAAAAAUUCCAUUCCAAUCUCCCUUCAAGGCGUUUGGGUUUCGAUAACGCGCAGCGCUAUCGAGUGCGUUUUCACCGAGGUUGGCGGACCAACAUUAUCGUCAACACACUUUCAAUACCACCAAGUUGGCUUCAUUCGCCCCCGAAAUCCGCUCCUUAACCCGUUCGCUCCGAGAUCCCGGUUUCUGGGUCUACAGCGGAGUGGACAAGAAACCCCCUUAACUGGCCCCAUCAUCCACUGGCACAUCGACACACAUUUCUUCCUCCCCGAAUACCCGCUCUUCCUCGACGCCGCCGAAUUUGUGAAACCUGGCUACGUCACCGCACCCGGCACGGCGCACAGCUGUGGCGCCCUAUAUUCCGAGCUUGGGCCCAGGUGCUUCUUCAUCAUGUCUGACCACGAGGAGACCGUCUCCGACAUGGGCUUCAAGGCCCCUAUUCCCGAACUUGACGAUCAUAGACAUCAAUCGCCGUCAACUCAACCUCCUGGACGUGUUCGCCGGGGCACAUUCGAUACUCUUUAUGGUGCCCGCCUUUUAGGGCACGAAAUGGGACAUGGCAACGAUGGAGCCAGUUCCCGUAUUCGCGACAUGGAAGAAGCGAUCAUUGAUGACGGAGAGCAGUCGUCUGCUACACGACCUGGUCGGCGACCGACUGUUGAAACAGCCGGAGAUCAGCGAUCUAUCUCUCCACCCAACUCCGUGAAAGCUUUCGCCGAAGCUCGCCGGCGUGAGCGGGAGAUGUCCUUCUCGGAGCCAAAGUACGAGGACGGCGAGCUGCAUCGCUCGCUCUCUAUUACUAGUCGGCGUAGCCUUCGAAGCAACAUUCACACGAUCGAGGAUGACGCAGCCAGUCUUGUGACCAACAAGACCGCCGAAGAUGAUGUUUGCUUUCCUCCCCCGGACAAAGGACGGGUGGAUCAGUUGUGCAUUGAUUUCGAUUAUUUGGAGAACUUCAUUCAGGCCGAAGCCGAAGCUAGAGCCUUCAGCAAGCAGGAGACUGUAGAGAAGAGCUUUUCCGAUUUGAGGCCGCACCAUCCCUCGGCCGCCCAAGAUCGUGUCCGGCUGCCCACUGUCGACGGCGAUAUUCUGGACAUGCCUUCUGAUUCGUCCACGGUUCAAGAGGACAAGGACAAGGCCGGCAUUACCGAUGGCCAGGGAGCGUUGCCCCCACAGGCCCAGGCGCCGGCUGAUAAGAAUCGGUUUAGCUUCUUUUCCUCGGCGUGGGAGUCUACGAUUCAUUCGCAGGAUUUCGGCUCCUUGGUGCUUCCAGGGGAGGAUAUCCGAGGGCUAUUCGCCCUCCCGCCUGAUGACGCUGAUGGCGUCUGGUGGCUGAACGUCAACACUCCGACGAAAGAGGAGGUUCAAGGUAUCUGCAAGGCGUUCGGAAUCCAUCCGCUCACCAUUGAAGACAUCAACACGCAGGAAGCUCGAGAGAAGAUUGAGCUUUUCCCGUCGUACUAUUUCGCGUGUUUCCGCUCCUUCAGUACGAUUGAAGAAGAAGACGGUCCCGAAUACGAACCGUUCAAUAUCUAUGUCGUCGUCUUCCGCGAGGGUACACUGAGCUUCAGCUUCCAGCCGAACGGCCAUGCGUCGCACGUCAGGAAAAGGAUUGCUCUCCUGAAGGACUACGUAGCCCUGAGCAGCGACUGGAUCUGCUACGCCUUGAUUGACGACAUCGUUGAUUCAUUCGCACCCAUUAUCAGACAAAUUGAGCUCGAAGCGGAUGCCAUUGAGGAUGGUGUCUUCCUUAUUCGAGAAGACGACUCGAAUGCCUUCCUCAAGUCGAUAGGCCGGACUCGAAAGAACUGCAUGGCACUGAUGCGACUUCUGGGCGGAAAGGCCGAUGUUCUUCGUGGCUUCACCAAGCGUUGCAAUGAAAACUACAAAGUCACUCCUCGCAUGGAUAUUGGUCUCUACCUCGGAGACAUCCAGGAUCACGUCGUCACUAUGGUCACCAAUCUGGGGCACUCGGACAAAAUCCUUUCCCGAUCGCACAGCAACUACCUCGCGCAGCUCUCUAUCAGCAACAUUAUACAGGGUACAGAUACAAACCGCGUUCUUAGCAAGAUCACGUUCCUGGCAUCGAUUCUGGUUCCUAUGAAUUUGGUCAGUGGUCUUUUCGGGAUGAACGUCCAAGUCCCCUUCGAAGGAGCCGAUACCCUUGUUCCCUUCUUCAUGAUCUUCACCUCCUUGAUCUGCUUCUGCAGGCCACUGCUGGGUUAUAAGACCGGCAACAAUGCGACCGCACUUCGGCAGCUCAUACUAAUCCACUGUGUGCCGAUGCUCCAGAUCGCCCCGAGUCAUGCAACUUGUCAGAGCGUCUCUUCAGGAGAACGCAAACUGCACCAUGCGAACUAUCAGGGCCUGUGCAGCUCCGGUGGAGGCAUGUGGGCCACCCAAUCCCAAGCCCAGGUAUUCAUGUAUGGAUUUUCACUUUCUGACUUUGUGACGUUCCUGGAAGUUGGUCCAUUGACCAAGAUGGAUUCCUCUCGACAAGCACUCGAAAAUGCUGACUUGGAGAAGCUGAACGACAAGGAUAAGCAGGAGCUUCGGCAGUUUCUCGCCAACGAGUCUCAAAGAUCACAGAUUCAAUCACAAACCCAUGCGCUCACCGAGGUCUGCUGGAAGAAAUGUGUCACAGGAACGGUCCGGGGAUCGAAACUGGACAGUGGCGAAGAGAAGUGUCUAGCCAAUUGUGUGGACAGGUUCCUUGACGUCAAUUUCUUGACGAUGAAGCAUUUGAACAACAUGCGGUCGGCUUAAAUUACGGUCACUUGUGUCCGGCACAUUCACUGGAGUGCUGUAUAUCCACCCCAUGUCCUUGUAUAAUACAUUACAGCAUCAUCGCAGAAGAGGAGCAGGGAUUCAAGUAAUCUUGACGAGUGGAAACAUCAUCUCAAUUGUCGUGCGGGUUGGAGCUCACAGUGGACCAUGGUAUGUUCAAGGUAUUUCGUGACAUUUACCCAUCCUCAAUGGUUGGCGACAAAAGUAGUGCCGAAAUGUUC